UUCGACUGCCACUUUCCAGGCUGCAGUGCGAGUUAUCGACGCAAGGAGCACCUCGCACGUCACCUGUCGCAACAUAAUACCCAGCCCCAGUCCUUCGAGUGUUCAAUUUGUAAUCGGAACUUUGGCCGGAAUGAUACCCUUCGUCGACAUAUGCGACGGGCUCAUGCGGCCGAUGAUCUCCCUUCCCAAACAAGACGCGCAUGCUCGCAAUGUCGGCGCCUGAAGUCUCGUUGCGAGGGUGGACCACCAUGCCGCGAGUGCGUCCAUCGUAAAGUCUUCUGCUCCCUCGAUGCCUCUGACAGGACGAAUCGUCGGGAUUCAGUCCGCCAUUUGCUGGACAGAGUACCUGAAUUGUCAGACACGGAAUCCCCCCGGCCUGAGAGGAGGGAUCAACACUUUAUCGAUCUCUAUUUCGAGCGAUUUCAUCCUCACUGGUCAUUCGUCCAUCGCGGGUCGUUUAACCUGUCUCGUGAAACACCCUUGCUCGCACAAUCAAUGAUGGUCAUUGGUCUUUGGGCGAGUGGCGAGCGGAAGGCGCAGCGCGCUGCUCUCGAUCUUCACAGAACACUGGACUCGGCCAUCCAUCAGCAGAGAGAGGUGUGGGAUGCCUUGCAUGCAUCAAAUUCAGAUGCCAGUAGUAGUGCCUGUUCCUGGCCGAUCCCGACUUAUCAGGCAAUCCUCCUGCAUAUCAUCUUCAGUAUAAUGCAAAAAGGCGGCUCCUCCGUGGGGUUUGACUUGAAGCUCUCCCUACCCCCUGCCGAUGAGCAACUUCUACACUCUCUUGUCGCGAGUUGCAAGCGACUAGGCAUGUUCUACUAUCCGAAUAUGCUUGCGCGGGUAGAUCCAGAGACCAUCGCGACAUUGGCCUGGGUCAGCAUCGAGGAAGUGAAACGGUUUGAUCUGGCCCUGUACAGAGUUCACAAGCUGUUGAGCAGAACAGAUGACGACCACAAUGUAGCCGAGACGUCACGCGGGGGCCUUACUGCGAGCGACCUUCAGUUCCCAAUGCCAUCAAACAACCGGCUGUGGAACGCCAAAGGCAGAGAAGAAUGGAUUCCUGCUAUAAUGGAAGACGCGAGCCUUGACACGUUAGAUGGCACUAAGAGAGAGGAAUGGAUUUGUAACUCGGCAGAGCUUAUUGAUUUAUUUGUCUAAUGGGAUUGCAUCGACUGUAAUCACCGACUGGAGUGAAGACUCAUC